CUAAUAUUUAUUUAUUUUUCUAGCGUCUUCUCCUCUGCAAUUAAUUUCAUCCCCUACUGGCCUUUGUAAUGAUGACCCUUUGCGCCAUCAUUGCUAUGAAAAGCCCUCUCUCUCUCUCUCUCUCUCUCUCUCUCUCUCUCUCUCUCACCAAGGGAGACAGAUACAAACACAAAACAAUUGUUAUGUGGCUCACCUUUUUCUCCUGGGUUCUGCCAAGUGACCUCUGCUAUUUAAAGUCCAAGAACAUUUUUCACAACCCACAUUUUUGUUAGCUUUCUCUUCUCCAGAUUUACACACAUUUAAGUCUCUCUCUCUCUCUCUCUCUGUCUCUCUCUCUCUCUCUCAGAGAAAAGCAGCAACUGAAUUGUAGAGGAAAACAAUGUGUAUGAACUCCUCAGAAAUGACUCCAUGCAGUCCUCAAUACUCUGCUUUUCGCCUUCGAAGGCCAUCAAACCAACAUAACUUUCGAGUUCACCGCUUAAUCAACAGGAAGAGGAAAACAGCAAAAGAACCAAAAGGGGCAGAGAUAGGAGGGGCAAAGGUAGAGAUGGAAAUCAAGAACCUGAAGCUAUACAUGGAGAAUCAGAGCAUUAUAGAAGAGAACAAGAAGCUGAGGAGAAAAGCACUUCUUCUUGUCCAAGAGAACCAAGCCUUGUUUUCACAGCUCCAACAGAAGCAGCUCUCUCCCAACAAAUGAAACAGUACCAAUAUAUGCAUGCAGCAGCACCAUGAAACCGAAACCUCGUUACCCUAAUGUAAACAUAUAUUUAAUUUAAUGCUUUGCAAUUUUCAUAAAAUUAUUAUUAGAAAAAAAAAGUUAACAAGGAGUAGUUCUACUAGGGGCCCCUCUUAGCCUUGAUUUGUUUUUUCAUCUCCUUGUUGGGGAAGUUCUAAAUUCUAAUGUCUCAUCUUCCCCCCCCCACCUCACUUAGUUUGUGGGCUAAUUUUGGUUAAUUAUGGAUGAUUUACCUUUUA